AUGGCCGAUGUAAUUGUUUGCACGCCCUUUACAGCUGGUCACUCCACAAUUGUGGGUGCCAUCAAACCAGCUGUAGUUGGAAUUGACGAAGCUGCAAAAUUCACGGAACCUGAAAUGUGGCCAAUUCUCGCCAACUACUAUCCAAGUCCCAUCUUGAUGGUGGGCGACCACUACCAGCUAGGGCCCACGGUGACCUCGAGCUCGCAGGCGAACCCGUUUGUCUACCAACUACAUUUUUCAUUGUUUAAGCGCUUGAUUGAUGGAGAAAAUGGAUCGAUUAUGCUUGAAGUGCAGCACCGCAUGCAUCCAGAUAUUUCCAAACUCGUGAAUCGGCAGUUCUACCACAACAAACUCACGGAUCAUGAAAGCACAAGCAACGAGACUGCUUCGUUCCUGCUGGCUACUAUUGCCUUGUGCAAAGAAUUGCUUGGCUUGAAGAGGUUUUCCCCGAGGGAUAUCGUCAUCCUUGUGCCAUAUGAGGCGCAAUUCCGAACCUACGUGAAGUUUCUUAUACAUGAGCAUCAGAAUGACCAUUCUCUUGACCUUGACAAACUGUCUGUGAGGAAAAUCGACUCCUUCCAGGGUGGAGAGAGCCCGAUUGUGAUCUUCGAUAUGACAGUCACUACCCACGCUGGAUUCCUCGAUGACAAAACCCGCUUGAAUGUUGCGCUCAGUCGAGCCAAGAAUGCUCUUUACAUUGUGGGGAAUAUGACAGCCAUGCGAUCGAGCAUUUGGAGCGACGAGUACCAACAGAGAUACGCAACGUUGACACGAGUUCUAGACCAUAUUGAAGUGGCUAAGCUUUGUGUGCGAGACAAAAAACUGAAUGAAUCUGCUAAGAAGCAAUUUUCCACGAGGGGGACCAUAGCUCGUCGUUGA